AUGACGACCAUAAUCCGCAAGGAGACUCCGGCUACGUCUCAAGACAAAGAAACCUCGAAAGAAAAGCAGCCUCUGAACAAGGAGAAGAGUUCUGCUAUGGAGAUCGACGAGAUCGACCCAGAAUGCUCGGAAGUUACCCCGACACGCCCUUCCACACCGGAAAUCAGGAUCUUAUCGAAGGAAGAUCAAGUCAAACUCCGGGUGAAAGAGCACGUAGGGCUCUGGAAACAAUGUCUAGUCGCCUCCAGGGAAGGACCGACCGCAAGGCUACGAGCCUUACUGACUACCGCUCAGGAGAGUCAGAAGGCUCUUCAGAAACUCAUCGACAACGAAGAGAUAGAGAGUUAUGUGAAGGGUUGGAACCCAUGGGAAGAAAAGAAGAUACAUUUCCCCUCUCCACCCAAAAAGAAUCUUAUGAAGUUCAAACGGAACGAGCCCGGCAAGAAGCAAAGCUCAAGCUCGACCAACUUCUCCGACCCCGCCAAAUGGAAGAAGGUGACGGACCUCCUCCAAAUGGCUUCCGGGCUAUACCAGAACGUCUAA